AUGAAAGACAGACGUGCUAUCGCUGCUCAUCCAGCUGCUCACUUUGCCAGAAGCCAUGAACAUCUGACAUGCGAAGAGAAACUCAUAGUGUUCAUACUAGCCCAGCCGAUUCGAAACACACGCAACCCGCCUUACCAACUCACUUAUGGUUUCUGGGAUAAUGUACUCAAGGCUAUCUUCAACGAUUGGAACACUGACUUCGAUUGCCCUAUCGACCCAGUUUUGCCCAGCCGCAUAAGGGAUUACACUCACGUCGAUGCUGGGACCCUCGUGUCCGAUCAUCCCCUUCCGGAUGCAAAGCAAGGAUCCGGCAAAUUUGGGCUAGGAAAGCAUCGCACAAGAGGCGCACUUGUCAAGCUUGUCGUGUCCGUCAACCCCGAGACUGACUCAAUCACGUUCCAAUGGUGCGAUGAGCUUGGAGACGAUGUAAGCCAAUCGCACGUUACACUAAAGGAAGGCAAGACUCUUGCCAAUCUCCGUAGGGAAGUCAUUGAGCGCUAUGACUACCAUGAGCGUAUCCGAAUUGUCGACCAUAACGAGAAGCUUCUUCUCGCCUUCAGUAGCCGAGCCAUCAAGAAAUGGGUGCAGGAUGAUACGAGAAACUGGUCCUUGCUUCCGACAUUAUCCAUGCCGAAGCUUGCAUGCCGAUGAGGCUCUCACGAGUAGUCAAGGGGAGACGAAUUGAACACACAGUCCCCUGGUAGGGCAUGGCAACCAACACCGUCUUGUUCAACCGAUGCAAGCUUCGGUAAAUCGAGCCUUAACUGAGAAUCUCGAAUACACGUGGAAAGGAUUGCUGGGAGAGAACGGGUCAUGUAGAUGGGAG